AUACGGUCAUCAGCCAUAUUAAUUACCAAAAGUCGUGACAAAUUUAUGAGGUCAUGUUCUUAUGAUGCUUAAAUAUUAGCUUAGCAUUUGAUUUCGUGUUCACCGACUAAAAAAAAAAAUUAAAGGUCUGGCAAAAGAUUGCGUGAAGAGAAUACUGAUUAAAGAAAUGUAAUCAUGCUUAUUCCCCUUUGGGAAGUGGUGAUCCUAUAUAUAGAUGAAGGUUAUCAGUCCGAUUACACUACCAUUGCACCCACUUGUAUCUCUUAGGGAGAGGAACUAACUAUUCUUCAACUACUGCUUCUCCAAAAUAUCUGUUUAUACUGCAUUCGUAGAGAAAACAUGAGUGACGGAGGACAAUGGAAGCCUGUUGUGGGAAUGGUGGUCGUUAAUUUUGCCUUCGCAAUAGUGAAUGUGCUUUUUAAAAAGAUUCUGGAUCAAGGAACGAACACUAUGGUUAUUGCUACAUACCGACUAUCAACUUCUGCAAUUUUCUUGGCGCCUGUUUCGUACUAUUGGGAAAGGAAAACCAGACCUAGGCUAACAGCUUCCAUCUUCUGCCACCUCUUCCUCGGUGCCCUUUUCGGGUUAACUCUCACACAAUAUUUAUUCCUUAAGGGACUUGAGUAUAUAUCUGCUACCUUCGCCUGUGCAUUCCUCAACACGGUCCCUGUAAACACGUUCAUACUAGCACUACUUUUUGGUAAAGAAAAAGCGAGCAUGACAACCAAGGCAGGAAGAACAAAGGUAUUAGGUGCACUUAUAUGCAUGGGAGGAGCUGUCCUAUUAAUCUUUUAUAAGGGAAUCCCAUUAACUAAUCCACAUUCAAGAGCUGCAACAACUGACAUCCUAAACCAUGCUGACACUAUGAUCUCAGGGAAGAAGAGACAAAGGUGGGUGGUUGGUUCGAUACUUUCUCUUGCAGGCUGCUUCACGUGGUCUUUGUGGUUCCUCAUUCAAGCUAAGAUUAGCAAAAGUUACCCAUUUCAAUAUUCUAGCACCGCCCUUAUGUCCUUCUUGGGCGCAGUCCAGUCUGCUAUCUUGAGUUUAAGCAUUGGAAGGAAUUUUUCCAUGUGGAUUCUGAGAAAAAAAUUGGAGAUUAUAAGCGUCCUUUAUGCUGGAAUCAUAGGAUCUGGCUUGUGCUAUGUUGGCAUGUCAUGGUGCGUCAAACGAAGGGGUCCUGUGUUCACAUCAGCAUUCACCCCUUUCACACAGAUAUUUGCUGCUAUGUUUGAUUUCUCCAUCCUGCAUGAACAAAUUUAUCUGGGAAGUGUCCUGGGUUCUGUCCUAGUUAUACUAGGUCUGUACAUUCUACUUUGGGGUAAAAGCAUUGAAGCAGGGGAUUGUGGAGAGAAGCAAGCCCACCUAGCCAGGGAAGAGGAACACCGUGACACCGAAGCACAGAUACCAGCAGCAAUUUCAAGGAGUAAUCCAUAAAUAAAUGCUCUCUCUAAGUGAAUUAUUUGGUGGCCGGAGGCUGGUUAUUCAAGGCAGUGCAGUGAAAUUGGAGGCAAAAAAGUUUCGAGUCUACCGUGAACGAGCACCAUUUGAAUUUAUAGAAAAGGCAUUGUCUAUUACUUCAUUUUGCUGAGUCUUAACUUCGUUCCCCCAAUUUCCAUGUACUGUAUUAAAAUUAAAAUUAAAUGAUGCUAUACAAGUAUACUCAUUUAACUGCA